UUAAGGGCUAGUAGUUAGACACCCUUUAACUUGUUUUUGAACAACUGUAUUGUUUUGUUUAAUAGUGACGAUAAUGUACCUUCUGAUCCUUUUUUUUUGUGAUAUCUGGUCUAUGCUUAAUGUCUUUACGGAGCUACACAGAGCACUUGUUAUGUUGGAGGUUGCAACAGAGGAUGGUUAGAAGUACGCAUGGUCUUGUUGGGAGGAUGGCAGGUUCCCCUCCCUGCUAUGACCUAGGUGUGUGUGUUUUUUUUUGUUUUUGUUUGUUUGUUUUCUUUUUUUAUUAUUUCUGCUGUGUUUACUUGUAUUUCCAUGGGUGGGGUUGUUGGGCGGGAAGGUGCUAUCGGUAGAAAAUGUUCUAGUCAAUACGGGACAAUACACAUAAAUCACUAACAGUAUGGCCUCAGUAGAUGGUGAUGGAAAUAAUGGGGUGAACAGGAGAGGGCUUGUAACUUUUUGCUCUUGGAACGUGAAUGGCAUCAGUGAACCAAUAAAACGUGGUAAGGUGUUGGCAUACCUAAAAUCAUUGAAAUCAGAUGUUAUUUUCUUGCAGGAGACACAUCUUAAAAAUGAUGCACAUUGCAGGAUUAGAGCUAAGUGGAUAGGGCAGGUCUAUCACUCAAGGUUUUCCGCAAAGGCAAGGGGUACAGCAAUAAUUAUUCGUAAAAAUGUGCCAUUCAAACAUAAAUCUACCCUGGCAGAUAAGGAGGGGAGAUAUAUCAUGGUGGUAGGAGAAAUUCAGUCUAUACCAAUCACAUUGCUUAAUGUCUAUGGCCCGAACAGGGAUGACCCAGAGUUCUUUAGAAAAACGUUUAGCUUGAUCCCGGAUAUUUCAACUACAAAUUUGAUACUUGGGGGAGACUUUAAUUUAGUUUUAGAUACCUAUCUGGACAGGUCGUCAGCUCAGAGAAUUGCGCCAUCGAAUGCUUCUAGGUUUCUGAAAUCGUUUAUUGAUAAUUUGGGUCUUGUGAAUGUUUGGAGAACCUUGAAUGCAACCGGAAGAGAAUAUCCCUUUCACUCUGGGGUUCAUAAUACGUACUCCCGUAUAGACUACUUUCUAUUAGAUAGUAAACUGUUACAUGGAGUCCAAAGUAGUAAAUAUAAUAAUAUCCUUAUAUCAGAUCAUAGCCCAGUGUCUAUUUCACUAAAUUUAUUUGAAUCAGGUGGUAAUUAUAAACACUGGCGAUUAGACCCUCAACUUCUUACGAGGAAAACAUUCUGCAAUUAUCUGGAAGAACAGAUCAAGUUGUUUUUUGAGAUGAAUGACAAAGACGAUGUAUCACCUCUUUUAUUGUGGGAGACGUUUAAAGCAUAUGUUAGGGGCUGUGUAAUUUCUUUUCAGUCAUCUGAGAAAAAACGUAAUAACAUGGAACGCAUACAGUUGGAGGUUCAAAUACAAAAACUGGACUCUGAGAAUGCCAGACAACCGUCUGUACAGCUACAUAGUAAAAUAUCAGCUCUGAAGUAUAAACUCAAUAACUUGCUCUCAGAUAAAAUUUCCAGGGCCUUCAUGUAUGUUAAGCAGACCUAUUUUGAAUUUGGUGAUAAGCCACAUAAAUUACUGGCCAGGCAUCUAAGGAAGAGAGAAAGUGAUAGGGCCAUUCAUGCAAUCAGGUCAGACUCGGGGUUGUUGACUAAUUCUUAUAAGGAUAUUAAUGCCGCUUUUAGACAGUUUUAUGAACAGUUAUAUACAUCUCAGUGUAAUGCACCUCCGGAAAUUAUGCAGGAUUUUCUAAGCAAAUGUAACUUGCCUACAUUGGCACAAAAGGACAGGACACUUCUAGAUGCAGACUUAACAUGUCCAGAAUUGAUUAGUACCAUACGCUCCCUGAAAAAUGGGAAGAGCCCAGGACCUGAUGGUUUAUGUAAUGAGUUUUAUAAAAAGUUUAGCAGUUUACUAACCCCAUAUUUGCUAAAAAUGUUUAAUAUGGCCUUGGAAGAUGGUGCACUCCCUCAGACCCUGAAUGAAGCAAAUGUGAUUCUCAUUCCAAAGAAAGGAAAGGACCCAGAAUUGAUACCUUCAAAUAAGGAGCCAUGUAAGGUCUCAACUACAACAAUUUGAGUCUGCAACUCCAGGUAAGCUUGACCAAUGCCUGGUGGAUUGCAUAACAGAAAAGCAUGCUGUUGCUUUUAUAUAUGAGAUAUUACAGUCACUCCGGCAGAAGGAUACAGGUAAAAUAAAAUCAGCUUGGGAAAAGGAAUUAGGGUCAGAAAUUCAUAAUGAUAUGUGGACUAAAGGGCUACGUUAUGUUAAUUCCUGCUCUAUCAACGCCCGACAUAGGUUAAUUCAGUUUAAAAUUUUGCACAGAUUGCACUACUCGAAGACAAGAUUACAUCGGAUAUUUCCUGAAACGUCACCCAUCUGUGAUAAAUGUCAAUGUGCAGAAGCUGAUCUGCUUCACAGUUUUGUAAUGUGUAUCAAAUUACAAAGUUUUGGGGCGUCAGGUUUUUUUUUUUUUCCCCCAAACUUUUUGAUGUGCAGUUAGACCCUGACCCCAUUUUGAUUCUUAUUGGACUAUCGGGACAAUCUAAAAAACUUAAGAGCACACAGAUUUCCCUCCUGUCCUAUGGCCUUAUGUGUGCAAAGAGACUGAUUCUCCUCCUAUGGAAGGGAAAAGAAGUGCCCUCCUUGAAAGUCUGGAUUUCAGUACUGACAGAUACUCUUCAUCUGGAAAGGAUCCGCUACAUUAUAAACGACAAACUGGAGGACUUCGAUCAGAUUUGGAGGCCGCUCAUUGAGCACCUGGAAACUAUGAACAAAUGAGAGCUUUUAUGUGG